UUGUGCAAUGCAACGUAAUGUCAAAAAGUGUAAAAUGGCGUUGGAUAAUGAAUUAGAAACAGUAUAUUAGUUUUUCCGGUUUUUAGAUGGUUUAUUUUUCGAGUUUUAGAUGGUGUUGUGAACCUUUCAGGAUAUUUAAGUUAGUGAGUUAGUUGUAAUCGAACAGAAAUCUCUGCAAAGAUGUCGGAGUCCGGAGACGUCCCCCAGCCCAGCAGCCCCGCGGACAGAGACAGAGCGCCCAGCCGGGUGCUAGUCGCCGACCAGGAGAUGGGCACUUUGACCCCUCUGGAGUGGCAGAACCGGUGGAGGCAGCAGGACUCGUAUGUGACCAAUUUGGAACGGAAAACCUCUCAACAAGAAGGGGAAUUGGCGGAAUUGCGGCAGACGUCCGAGAGGCUCAAGGCCCAGCUGUUAGAUUCCCAGCAGCGCGAGAAGGUCCUGGUCCGCAGGUUGACCGCUAAGGAGCAGGAGAUGCAAGAUUACGUGUGUCAACUGAACGAAUUAAAAACAUCCCAAGUCCCGACGGCGUCGUCGCUCCGGUCCGCCCUGCUGGACCCCGCGGUGAACAGUCUCGUGCAGCAGCUGCGAUCCGAGCUGCAGGCGACGCGCCUCAAACUCGAAGACACCCAGAACGAACUGUCCGCGUGGAAGUUCACCCCCGACUCGAAUACGGGCAAGCGCCUCAUGGCCAAAUGCCGCCUGCUCUACCAGGAGAACGAGGAGUUGGGUAAAAUCACGAGCUCCGGCAGAAUAGCCAAGCUGGAGAGCGACCUGGCCCUGCAGAAGAGCUUCUCGGAGGAGAUGAGGCAGAGCCAGAACGAGCUGGACUCGUUCCUGGCCGACCUGGACGAGGAUGUGGAGGGCAUGCAGAGCACCAUACUGAUCCUGCAGCAGGAGCUGAAAAAGGCCAAGGACGCCGUCCAGGUGCUCCAGAAGGAGAACAGUUCGCUGAAGAUGGCGAACGGUCGGCAGAAUGGUGACAGUAGUGUGUGCGAACAGGAAAGGACCGACUCGGAGUCCGAGAACGAGAGGACACGUGUGAAACGCGUUAGGAGGUCUUCGGUCCUGAGUAUCGACUAUAACGAGGAUGAUACGCUAGUUAUUAAUACGAAUGGUGACGUCGCUAUGUCCUCGGACCCAGAAUAUGUACUUACAUCGUGCGAGCUAGUUCUACAGGCGAAACCUGGUACAGAUUCUGAGCCGGAGGAUAAGGACAGGAAGAAGGAAAGGGGCAGGGAUAGGAAAAAACGCUCAGCGUCUGGUUCCAGCAGCAGCGAUAGUAGAAGCAGUUCAUCUGAUAGUAGUUCGUCCAGCUCGCGAUCAUCCAGCAGUUCAAGUUCAGGUUCGAGUUCCCGGUCUAGCAGUUCAUCUUCCGAUUCGUCAUCAUCGAGUAGUGAUAACGAAAGAACCAGGUCCAAGAGAAGAUCUAGAUCUACGAAGCCUGUAACCAAGAAUCGGGAACCGAAGGUAACUGAAAAACCAAAGGAGAAGGAAAAAGAAAAGAAGGAGGAGAAAGAGAAGGAAAAGGAUAAAGAAGUGAAGAAGGAGGAAAAGGAAAAGGAGAAGGAUAAAAAAAUUAGUUCCCCAGCGAAGGAAAAAGACGAUAAAAACCACGUCCGGAAUAGAUCAAGAUCGAGGUCCCCGAGGAAGCGCCGUCGCCGCUCCCCCACCCCGCGUCCCACGAAAAUCCACAUCGGCCGCCUCACCAAGACGGUCAACAAGGACCACAUCCUGGAAAUUUUCGGCAUGUACGGCACAAUAAAAAACGUGGAGUUCCCCAAGGACCACCUCCAUCCGCACCUGGGACGGAUGUACUGCUACGUUGAAUUCACCACGGCCGACGAGGCGGAGAACGCCAUGAAACACAUGGACGGAGGCCAGAUCGACGGGCAGGAAAUCACGGCCGCCCCCGUCUUGAUCCCCAAACCGCGACCUCUGCCCCCCAGGCGGUCGCCGCCGAUGAUUCACCGGAGGCCGCCGAUGCACAGACGCACGCCGCCGCGGUUCAGAAGGAGAACGCCGCCGAGGAUGAUGAGACGCAGUCCACCGAGGAGGCGACCGCAUUCGAGGAGUCCACCGCCGAGGCGGAGGAAGCAUUCUAGGUCGAGUUCCAGUAGUUCUCGGUAA